AGAAACAUUUCUUUGAGAUGCAGAGAAGAAGUGAAUGACAUACAGAUCUGAAGAAAAGAAAAUACAAACACUUACCCCUGAGUACGAAAACCAGCAAAGAAAGCUUACCAGCCUUAACUACUGGUUUCUGAGUUCACUCUUGGAAACCCAUCAACAAUUGUGAGCUCAUCUCAACAGUACACAUUGCAAACAUCACUACUUGGUACACAGCUCUGUGUACCAAGUGUACCGGAUACCAAGUGCGUCGUUAUCCAGUAGUGUGACAUUCAUUAUUCACAUCUUAUUUUGGUUAAGUAUAAACGAGACAUAGUCAUGGAACUGGGUUUACCUUCUACUUUGGGGGAGCAUCACUGUUCAUGUUGUGUUGUCUAACCGUAAAGUGAUGACUGUACAAAUUACAUUUGGUGGGGGCAUUGGUAUUGCAGCCGGAGGGAGUAUUGGUCUCGGUGUACUAAUUGGCAUCUGUAUAGCAUUAUGGAGAUGUUGCUGUGGAGACAACAAUUUCUGGAGGGGAGUCAAUUGGUGUAAAGGGACGUCUCAAGAAGGUUCAGAAUCUCCAGAAACAGUAAAACAAUCGAUGUUGAACAUCCAUUGUCUUAGUUGUCAUUGUUGUGGUGGCUCAUCGAACGUCAACAACAUUCAGUCAAGAGGAUCUGUACAAUUUGUAAAUGAGACUCCAGAAGAAACUGUAAGCAGUCAGCAACAAUCCAACGUGAACAGUCAGCCAGCAAGUAAUCCCUCUGGGUCUAAUCAGACUGUUCAUCCAACUGCACCUCCAGAACGGAGCAAUGAAAAUGAUCCACUGCUGCCACCACCAAACGUGGACAAUCAGCCAGCAAAUAAUCCCUCUGGGUCUAAUCAGACUGUUCAUCCAACUGCACCUCCGGAACGGAGCAAUGAAAAUGAUCCACUGCUGCCACCACCAAGUAAUGUUGGUACUGGAUCUUCUCAGUCAGUUUCCUUGGUUACUGUAGAUGUCCACCAAAGAAGUGCAGCACAAAGUGAUACCUCUGAUUUGACCACUGAAAGCUCCUCUACAGCUGCCACAUCUGAUCAACCUGAUUCCCGAACAAAUCAGACAACUUCUCACCAACCUCAGCAACAAUUAACUGGUAAUGUUGGUACUGGAUCUUCCCAUUCAGGUUCCUUGGUUACUGUAGAUGUCCACCAAAGAAGUGCAGCACAAAGUGAUACCUCUGAUUUGACCACUGAAAGCUCCUCUACAGCUGCAACAUCUGAUCAACCUGAUUCCCAAACAAAUCAGACAACUUCUCACCAACCUCAGCAACGAUUCACUGCUGUAGAGCGGGUUCCAAGCUCAAUGGUUCCAACCAGUACAGGGGGAUGUUUUGCAUCACAGCCAACAAAUAAGAGAAAAUUUUCUGCCAAAUUUGUGGGAGAUUUAGGGAACGUUCUAGAUCCCGACAGUGCUGUAGAUGCUGACUGGCGUCUCAUGCUGAUAGAGCUUGGGCAGUCACAAGGUGAAAUAAGGAAAGUUCAUUCCAUGAGGCACCCUACUGAGGAGGCUUUAUAUAGUUGGCAGGAGGCUGGCAGAUCUCUGGAUGAGUUGUUGGAGAUUUAUCAAGAGAAACGACCGGAUGUUACGGAAGUUAUUGAGCGAUAUAAAAAGAAUAAUGCAGCUUGUUACGCCAUCCCAGUUGAGACUGUGCAACAAACACCAAGACAUGAAACAGCUAUUGUGACAACAGAGCAACUUAUUAAACUUGCUCACAAUCUUGGACCAUGGAAUGAGCUAGCUAUAAAUCUGGGUAUGUCUGGAGGAGAUAUUUACAAAAUUAAAGAAGACAACAAAUACGACCAAUGGGCUCAGGUUUUCUACAUGCUAGAAAAAUGGCAAAAGAGGGAAUCUCCAAAGGCUACUGUGGGAUUAUUAUAUAAAAAAUGCUGUGAGACAAAAACUAUUGAUAAAGAAUUCUAUGCCUUUCUGUUGAAAUAGACAUGCAUGGGGAACUGUCAAACUCCAAUAAAUGAAACUUCACUGACAGGGCCCCGAGCAAAACCCUAUUUCUCGCAGCCCCCCC